UCACUUUUAACUCACGAGCCAGUUUCGCGAUCACCUUUUUCAAACCAUGAAGUUUCUCCUUCCUCUCCUGACCGGCUCUGGUCUUGCCAGCGCUGCAAUCUUCGGCUCGCCCACGACCCAUACCAAGCGUGAUAGCUGGGGAGGCAGUGUGUCAUUGGGCCCGUCCAAGUCGACGAUUAUCAAUGCAGUUACCACUAUCAUUCCAGGUACUGCUCCGUCCACUCAGAAUGGCGAGCUCUUCCUUUGGCCUGGCAUGUCCAAUGGAACUGGAGACUUGAUCCAGACGACCUUGGAGAGCUGGCCUGAUAAUUCCUGGUGUGGAGCCACCACUGGCCAGUGGUGUGUCCGCGCCAGUGUCUUUGGAUCCUUCGGCCAGCUGGAUGGCACUGGCAGCCCCGUCAGUGGGUCUGAAAAGGUCCGGAUCGAAUACAAUCUGGAGAGUGACGGAGAGACAUGGACGCAGACUGUCACCAAUGCUGAGACUGGAGCCCUCCUUUCUUCUUAUUCUCGUGCCUCUGGGCCGUACAUGACCGGCUACGGUACUGGAACCGAGUGCGACAGCGACUGUACCGGCACUAUCGCUUCCCAGCAGUACCUGAACACGACUAUCACUCUGGCCUCCGCCGAUACCACCUUCGGCAGCACCAUUGCCACUGCUCAGGGUGCUACUUAUACUGGGUUGAAGUCGAGCCAAAACGGCAAGGUCUGGGUUAUUGACACCAUCAACAUCCUUUCCAUGUCCUAAAGCUGGAGGAGUAUAAUGGGGAAUCGUGAAUUCUCGUCAAGGACAGAUGUGAAUAAAGAAAACUUUGUGUAUAAAUUGAAAAUCGCUGCAACUGGCUUUGCAAGGGGACCACCAAGACUACGUCUAUACAUUAAAUACUAAACAUUAUUC